AUGAUGAUGACAACGAUACGACUAUUCUCUAUUUACUAUUUAGUUAUUAUUUAUUCUAAUGUUCAAACACGUCAUAUUCAUCUGAGUAAAACUCUAUCAAAAAAAUCUAUUCAUAUAUGUGAACAAUAUUUAAAUAUAACAGAUUGUUAUUAUUUUUCUUGUAUUGAUUCAAUUUAUCAAUGUGGACGAGAAAAUUUACUUGUUCAAUUUUCCUAUGCAUUUUGUGAAGCUAAAUUAGAACGAAGUUUUGAUUUCUUAACUCGAUCAGGUCAAUUAUGGGCAAAAGCAACAGAAAUAUGUUUAAUGCAAGAAUUAAAUUAUUUUUUAAAUACUGAUCUAUCAUUAACAUGUAGUGAAAUCGAUCGAUAUAUGUUAAAUAAAUAUCCCAUAUGUUUAACUCAAUCACAUUCAUUAUUUUCUAUAUGUUCUAUCAUGUGUAAUAAUCUUGAAAUAUUAAUCGAUAUAUUUGAUAAUUGGACUUUAAAAAAUUUAAAUCUCAAACGUUUUCUAUUAGAAACAAGUCGUUUAUGUCAAGAACAAUCUCAAAUGCAAUAUGUUAUUGAUAUCGGUCAAUCAAAUAUUCGUACUAUAUUAUGGUCAUUAUGUCUUGAUUUUUUGAAAACAAAAUUUCAAAAUUUUGAUCCAAAUGAACUUAUGAUUCGUAUAUAUGAAAGAUCAGGAAUGUUUGCUGAUGUAAAUCAAGAGAAAAAAUGA